AUGACGGACGUCGACAUGGACGUCGACGCGUAUCAACAGCGCUCUCUUGAGGUGCCCAUGGAUGAUGACCUGAUCAACUACGAAAGCGAUGCGGGCGAUUACUCGCUUGCUGCAGAGCAAGACCUUGGCCAAGACCUUGGCGAUGGAGCUGUUCCAGAAGCCUCUGCAGAUGCGCGUGCAAACGCAGAGCCUACCUUACAGAGUAGUCACGAAACCACCAAUGGUGUCUCCCAGAGUCAGACCAUGGACCAAACAGUAGAGAUUUCUGACUUCGCGAAUGGAGAAGAUACCGAUGAGCAAAAUCACACAGAACAGGCCGCUGAGACUGAUCUGCCACUCGAGGCCGACGCUGCCGAAACCGCACUCGACGCUUUGACGGAAAAUGUUGCGGAUGAAAUUGACUAUAGCCUCGGAGAGGUGGUCUAUACUGCAGAGCCUAUCGAGAAUACGCACGAAGAAGUGUUUGCAGAAGAUGCUCCGGAUGCUACCGAAAUUACGGCAGUGGGUGUUCUGGAAGACAAGGCUGAGAUCAGUUGGGAGGAUGAGGUGGCUGAUAACGCUCUGGACGAGGUUGCAAAGGAAGGAAAUGACGCGGAGGAACAGCACUUGCUACAAGCACAUGUCAUUCAACUGGCUGACCCGAGUGAGCAAGCGAUCGUCGAGGCUGAUGAGACGGAAAGCCGAGACCACCGUCAAGACGAGUUGCAAACACUGGAGAAUGCGUCUACAUGGCACACCAUGGACUCGAUUGGUGAUUUCCAAAUCGAGAACAAGGAUCUCCAAUUUCCAUCCAUCACAGUGCAAUAUCAAGGAGAUGAAUUCCCAUUUUUGGCAUCUGGUAGUGAAGGAUUUUUCUCCGACUCUUCCAUCCUCGAUGCUAGCAUGCAAAACGUCUUUCGUGGGUUUCGUUCACAGUUGAAGCACGAAGUAAAACCAGAAGAUGAGCUGGUCCUGCAAAUUGAUGAGCUCGGGUUGGAAUUCACAGAGUCAAACCCUUUUAGUCUGACGAUGCGUCAGAUUUUGGAGGUGUUUGAGUUGCUCAUCAAGAAUGAAGACCCCGAUGGCCGCCGAACGUUGUAUACCUAUCUGUUCACAAGGCUCAACAGCGCGAGAAGAUACAACUUUCUUGUGGAAAGUGCUACGUCGGGCAAAGGCCUAGGGGAGAUUCAGCAUAUCUUUUCUCAGCAAUCGCUCCGUGACAAUAGCGAUGUCGACCCUGCGGAUGACAGUGCGGUAUCUAGCGAACACCCUGAGGAAUGGAGCGAAGAAGAAUAUGGGCAUGAGCACUCAGAUGCGCAUGGCGAGAUUGAUGACCACCAUGAUGACCACCAUGGUGACCAUGAAUACCAGGAUGUACACCAUGGAGAAUACCAGGAUGUACACUAUGAUGAACACCAGGAUGAACACCAGGAUGAACACCAGGAUGAACACCAGGAUGAACACCAGGAUGAAUACCACGAUCGUCGCCAUGAAGAGGGUACUGCAGAAGACGCCGGAGAGCCCGGCGAGGAAUACCAAGAAGAUCCUGCAGAUGAUGACCAUGGUGGGAUUGAAUACUUCGACGAGGCCUUCCCACAGGCCAGUGAACCUUUGCAUGGGGAUAGCUCAGCCAUUGCGAACGCAGAUUCGGCGGAAAAGCCUGAAGCAGAUGAGCAUGACGACAACUUUGCUCAUGAACACAGCAGUACGACUAGCACACUUCAAGGUGACGCUGAGGGCACUGCUCUCGCUGAUGAUGAAACUGCUGUCGACGCCGAAGCCGAUGGUCCUGUGUUUGUUGCCGAGGCUAACGAAGAUGCCGAAAUUGACUGGCGAGACGACGAGAGUGAAUUAGUUGGCGAUGGGGGUUCAGUAACCGGCAAGCGGUCGCGUGAUGACAACGAUGAACCUGAUGUGGAUGACGAAAUUGACUUCAAGCGCCGACGACCUUGA